AUACGUACGCAGGGUUUUUAUGUGUAAUAGAUUUAUUGGUAAAGGCUCAGUCAAAAUUUCGCCCAAAAUACUUUUGAAUUGGACUAUCAUCGAACAAUUACUUUAGUUGUUUCAAAUUUCAAUUGGCGGCGCUAGUAAUUAGUAAAAUAAUUUGAAAAUCUGUAAUUUUACAUUUCUUUACCUUUUCUGCUUAAAAAAAACGAUACUUUCAUACUGUGUAUAAGGCCUAUACUUUCCUAUAGCAGUUUCUCAUAGAACUCAUUCAUUCUCAUAAAAUUUCUAUGAAAAUCCAUCAUUUUAUGGGAUUUUUCUAACCCGGGUUAUGGAGACCAUAACAUAAGUAAUUAACUUUAGGUAUUUUAUGUUAAAUUAUUCAUAAAUGAACGAAAAUUUUUUAUUUUUUCUAUCGAAAUUUCUUAAAAUUAUUGAUAUUUUUAUUAUCUACCCGUUAUUUUUUUUUAAUGCGCGAAAGUUAUCAUUAUUAACUGACACUUGUAAUUUUUAUCAGAAAAAAAUUGUGGUCUUACAACUGGUACUUGACUUGCGCACUCGAAUCAUAUAUUUGUAUUUCUAUAAUAUCUAUAAUAUGAUCUUGGGUAUCAGAAGUGAUUCAAGAUUUUUUAUUGUAAUAUAGAAAAGUAUCAAUUGUAUCAGCAUAAAUUAUCGCACUUAUAAUUCAUAAAUUAUUUGUUGAGUAUAAAUAUAAAUAUAAAUAUAAUAACUUUUUUACAUACUAUAAUAUAUUUCAAAAUAAAUAAAUUAUGAGUCCGAUUGGAUAUCUUACGAGACGAGAAAGUAUUUCGUCUUGUCACCGACUCCACAGCCCUCAUUUGAGUGACGAAGAAAACAAAAAUAUUUAUGGGAAAUGUAAUAAUUAUUGGGGUCAUGGUCAUAAUUAUACUGUUGAAGUAACUGUACGUGGCCCAAUAAAUUAUAAAACUGGGAUGGUUAUGAAUAUAUCAGAACUAAAGGAAUAUAUGCAUAAAGUAUUAAUGGAACAGUUGGACCACAAGAAUUUAGAUAAAGAUGUUCCGUAUUUUAAAAAUGUCGUGUCCACAACUGAAAAUUUAUCUGUUUAUAUUUUUAAUGAAUUGAAAAAAUUAAUGCCCGAUCCGUCAUUACUUUACGAAGUUAAAAUAUAUGAAACUGAUAAAAAUAUUGUUAUUUAUCGUGGAGAAGACUCGUAGAAAAAAUUUUGAGGAUUUUUUUAACUGAACUUUUAAAAAAAUAUAAUUUUGUAAAGCAAUAGCAUUAAUUACUUAAUUAAAUUUAUCAGUCAAGGUUUCAUUUAUUUUUAUACAGAUAUUUUUGUAUCUAAUAAUAUGUAUGUGUAAAAAACAUAAAUAUGAGUUGUUACAUUAAUUUUUC